AUGGUUCUUACACCACCCAGUAUCGUCGAUAUGGGGAAACGAAAGACGCGCAUGUCGAAACCUUGUGAUGGAUGUUCCUUUCGCCGCGUUCGAUGCGAUGGUGGUGAUCCAUGCGCAGAGUGCACUAAGCGAUGUUUGGAAUGCACAUACCUGCGAGUCCCAAGGAAGAGGGGCCCAAAGGGGCCGAGAACCAGCACUUCUGAGAGAGUGGUGAUGCAUCAGAAGCAGAUCCAGCACGCUGGACAACAUCAUUUUGAAGCGUCUGACCACCCUCAGACUUCAAAAUCUCCUCAAUCAAUCGACGAUGAUAGCCUCACGGACAGACAGUCACCUGCAAGUCUUGACACCACAUUGGGAAACUCAUUUUUGUCAGUCGUGGACCAUCAAACGCCUCAUUUACCUUUGAGCCUCUAUAUUCAGUACCUAGAAAGUUUCCGAAGCUGUCUCAUGUCCGUCUGGCCUAUCGUUGAUGUGGACUCUCUGAUAGCGCGACUCAUCAGCAAUAACCCAGAUGACUAUGAAGGAUACGCUCUGGCCGGCGCGUUAUGUGCCACUGUCAUAGCCCAGCUUUCCCUUCCUCAGCUCCGGCUAUCCAAGCAACAUCGCUCAAUAUCCGAUCUAAGUGAUGUUGCGGAAACCUUCGCUCGUCAUGCGCAGAGCCUACGAGAUCGGCACAGCUAUCGUGAGAGCGAUUCGACUGACUCCUUAUUGACGGCAUUCUUCCUGCACAUCUAUUUUGCCAAUACAGAACGAAUUCGGGCAGGAGCUAUGUACCUGCAUGAGGCUAUUGCUCAGCUAUCGCUACAAAAGUUACACAGACCUGAGACAUUUGAGGACCUGGGCAAUGAUCAAAGAGAACUUAUGCUGCGUAUCUUUUGGUUAGUCUUUAUCACAGAAAGAACCUUUUGCGUCCAGAAUAGCUUCCCUACUUGCCUCACUCCCCUACCAGUGUGGCCAUCGCAGGAACACAACAUCCCAGGCCUGGGCGUUCUGGGCCCGUCUUUUCAACUCCUUGCCCAGCUCUUCACGCUACUGGACGAUACUCUCCUUAUGACUAAUGAGUGGCUACUGCCAACUUCGGAGCUGCAAACAGCUGUGUACCGUGGUGUAGCAUCAAUUGCCCGGUGUGAUGUUUCAACUGUCGGCCCGACUCUUCCAGAAAUUCAGAGGGUCAACGUCAUGGUUACAUGGAAUUGGAUCCAUGUUCUUUGGUGGCAAUAUGCUCUCCGGCAUUAUCAGAUGUCGACGAAUCUGACAGACACCAUGUUGUCCAUAAUGCGACCAGCAACGGUUGCUCACGAGACGGUCCGGCUCUUCUCUUCAGUUUCUCAUCAGGCGAUGCAAACCCACGGCUAUGGGCUGGAGCUAAAAGUUUUUCGGAUCGCCGACUCGCUCAUUGAUUUGAUUGCUUGCAAUAUGUACCGUCCGGAUUUUCCAGAAACGAGCAGCGGGAUGCUUUUUGGGGCAAGAGAUACUCUUUAUGCGCUGGAGAGCUCUCUACUUCUCAUUGGUGGUGAUGAGGGAUUGCUUUAUAAGAAGCUCCAGCUGUUCAUGGCCCAAGCUCAGCUCCCGGUACCAAACGUCCGAGAAUUGGAUGGGGGCGAAAAACAAAUGGCAGAAGAAGUUGAGACUUCGGUAACGCUAUGA